AUGACGAGCUUCAGAGGCAUCUCUCUGGACCAGGACCCGCGCUUCAAGGACAAGCAGGCUGCGCUCCUCGCCAAGACGUCUUUCCCCGCCACGUUCAACACCAAGGUCGACAUUCGCAAGGUCGAGAUGGCCGUCAUGAAGCCCUGGAUCACCAAGAAGGUCAUCGAGCUCCUCGGCUUCGAGGACGACGUCCUCCUCGAGUACAUCUUCUCGCUCCUCGAGGACAACGAGAACCCUGUCGUCGACGGCAAGCAGAUGCAGCUCCUCCUCACCGGCUUCCUCGAGGCCAAAACGCCCGCCUUCAUGUCGUCGCUGUGGGACCUCCUCCUCAGCGCCCAGUCGAACCCGCUGCGCGUACCGACCGCCCUCCUCGAGGAGAAGAAGCGCGAGAUGCGCGCCCGCGAGGAGCAGGAGGCGCUGCGGCGCAGGGAGGAGGAGCAUCUCGACGAGGGCAGGGGCGGCUACGGGGGAAGGGGCGACGACCGCGGGCGCGACGCUGGCUUCGGGCCGCGAGGAGGCGGCGGUGGGUACGGGGGCGAGCGGGACGGCGGGUACGGCGGGUACGGGCCGCGUGGAGGCGGCGGCGGCGGCGGCCGGGGCGGAUACGGCGUCGAUGCCGGACCUCGAGGGGGACGAGGAGGAGGAGUACCAGCGAGGUCGCUCCCUCUCCCGCACACCGCCUCGCCCACCUCCCCGUCGUCGGCGCUCCCCCUCGCGCUCGCGCUCUCGUUCGCGCUCCCCACCUCCUCGCCGCCGCAUCCGCUCCCCCACUCGCUCGCGCAGCCGGUCGCCCGGCCCGGGCAAGCGUCGUGCCGGCCGCAGCGCGACCCGCAGCCGCAGCCGCAGCCGCAGCAGGAGUCGGAGCCCGCCGCCGCGGCGCAGGAGGUCCUCGCCGAGUCGCAGCCAGAGCCGGUCGCCUCCUCCGAGGCGCCGACUCGACGACGCCGAGCGCGCGGACCUUUGGUGGGCGAUGCGGCAAGGCGGUCGCGAUGGGAGCAGGACGACUCGGGUCCGGCGCAGGUCGUGCAGGAGCAAGACGAGGAUCUCUCGCGACGCGAGUCGGAGCUCAAGGAGGGCCUGUUGCGCAAGAAGGUCGUUGCCUCGCGCUCAUCGCGCUCGUGA